AUGGCGCUUCAAGCCGGAGCUCUGGUCACCUCUAAGUGGCUGGCGGAGGUUGCAAAGACGCAGAGGAAAACGCGCAUCUUGGAUUCCUCUUGGUAUUUGCCCAAAUUGCGGCGAAACGCGAAAAGCGAGUUCAAGAAGAGGCACAUCCCAGGCGCGGCUUUCUUUGACAUCGAUCAGUGCUGCGAUAAAACCUCUCCUCUGGACCACAUGUUGCCUCCGGGGAAGGUUUUUGCUGACUAUGUCGGGAAUUUGGGAAUAGAGAGCGACACGCACGUCGUGGUGUACGACUGCAGUGAGGUCGGUGCGUUCUCCGCGCCGCGCGUGUGGUGGAUGUUCCGGGCGUUUGGACACAGCGCCGUGUCUGUGUUGAACAGGGGCUUCAGGAACUGGCAGCUGGAGGGUCGACCGGUGAGCGACCACCACAGCAGACCCGCUCCCACCGAGUUCAAGGCGUCUCUGAACCGUUCCUGGAUAAAGACCUACGAGGACAUCCUCGAUAACCUCGACACCAAGGAGUUUCAGGUGCUGGAUGCCAGGCCGGCUGGCAGGUUCAGGGGACUGGACCCUGAACCCAGAGACAACACGGAGCCCGGCCACAUCCCCGGCUCCAUCAGCAUUCCCUUCCACUCCUUCCUCGCCCCUUCGGGUCACUUCCCUCCCAAAGAGCAACUCCAGGAUAUCUUUGUCCGCGCCGGUGUGGACCUCAGCCGCCCCAUAUGCGUCUUGUGUGGCUCGGCGGUGACCGCAUGCCACGUGGCACUGGCAGCCCAUGAGAGUGGACACCCAGGGGUGUCGGUGUAUGACGGCGGAUGGUCGGAGUGGUAUACACGCGCCCUUCCAGAGCACGUCAUAUCCGAAGGCAGAGGGAAACAUCUGUUAUUGGUCUAGAAGACUACAUGGUCUGGGAUUGGAUUGCCCAAAUAUCUUUUUAUGCCAUAAAGCUAAAGCCAGCAGUGGAUUAUCUCCGAUCAGUGAUAUCUGCAGUACAUGGAAUCAGUAACCUCCACUGAAUUUUACUGACGUACAACUGUUAUUUAAUGAUCAAUCCGUAUAGAAUAAAAGGUGUAGCAUUGCCAUGUUCAGCGAUGAACACUGGAUUUUAGUUGGUCUCAGCAUAUGUGUUAAACACAUUUCACAGAAUGUUGAAUUUCUGCUUUAACACCAAUUCAAAAGUAAGGCUAAGUCUUGUCAUUCCAUCAUUAUAUACCGUACACAUGCACACACACACACACACACACAAUGGUGAAUUACUCUGUUGAGUUUUACCAAUAUAUAAACACUUAACUGGAGUAGGGCUGGGCGAUAUGGACCAAAAGUCAUAUCUCGAUAUUUUCUAGCUAAAUGGCGAUACUCGAUAUAUAUCGAUAUUUUUUCUGUGGC